ACUUUCCAGAAAUGCUUUUGGAACAGAGUAUAUUUAGUAGGUCCAUAUUCCGUCGGAAAAAGCUGUUUAGCAAAAAUUCUUGUUGGCGAAACAGUGUCAAUAACAAGGCAGUCUACUGAUGGUAUAUGGAUAUACAUGGGGAGAGCUGGAAUGGACGUUGACAAGAUGGAAUGGAAAUUUUUCCCCAAAGGUAAUGCAAUCACAGAGAUUUUGACAAACAUGCUAAUGUCGAUGUCAACUGAAACCAUUGACAAAAAGAAGACUACGUAUGAACGUAUGAUUAUUGCAGCCGAUGUUGAACAAAAUGCAUUGGGACCAGAAAUAUAAGAUACAGUAAAUACGGAGACAUUUCAAAUAGUCGACAAGAGUAUUAAAUUACACAUGGGCGCUGAACAUGAAGAACUGCACCAUAAAGAAUCGCCUGAAGAUUCAGAUAGUGCAAACGAUAAGGCUGAAGAAAAUGAUGAACCGAGUAAAACAGCGACCUUAUCUUUUGGCACUUUAAAUGUUUCUUCUGUUAAUACAAUACAUACAGACAAGCACUUAAAGACAGACGGAUCAGCCAUCACCAAAAUAAAAGAUAGAAAAUAUUCUAGAACAGUGCUACGAAAAGAUAGCAAUUCUUCAGCGGAAGGUUAUGAAAAGUCAAAUAUUCAGAAAAAAACAGGUUCCCGAAAAAUGGCACAAAAAAUCAAGAAAGAACAAAGUGUCAUCAUCGUUAAAGAUGAUUCAGAAUAUAAAUUUAUAAAUGAAAUACCAAGCGAUAUGACUCACGACAAGUUACAUAAGCUGAUUUGCAAAGCAGUUGAAGAAGGUAAAUACAAGCAGAUGGUAGUGCCUAUAGACAUUUGGGACUUUGGAGGACAAAAGGAUUAUUACAUGACCCACCAACUUUUUAUCACAAGCAGAGGAAUCUUUGUUUUGAUGUUUAAUGGCGCUAUUGACCUGCAUAAAAAUAUGCCCGACUUAGACUUUCUACCGGGACACUUUGGGAAACCAACAGUUGCAGUUUAUCUGCUACACUGGGUUAACUCGAUUUUGACAUACUGCAAGAGAACAGAUAACGGAUUUCCAAGGAUUAUAUUUGUAGCUACACACAAAGAUUCAAAAUGGUUUGAGUGGACUCGGAACGGUCGCCGAAAACAGCUUGAAGACGAGCUGAACAAGUUGUUUGGGUCGCAUGCUGGUUUGCCGCAUUUAGAAUUCAAACCACUGAUAUAUGUAGAUGCUACAAAUCCAGCGGAUCCAGAAAUUUUUCGCCUAAAGAAAAUAUUAAUGCAAAGGGCUACUGAACAUCCAAGAUGGGGAGAACCAAUGCCAACAAUAUGGAUUCCAAUGGAGUUACAGUUGGCACAAAAAUCAGAGGAAGGAAUCAAUAUUGUUUCGCGUGAUCAACUAAGACACCUUAAUUCUAAAAAUGGAUCAAUGGUUUUAACAGAAAGGCAAAUAGAAACCUUUUUGAGUGUACAACAUUCGCUAGGAAAACUCUUGUACUUUGAUGUAGAAAAUUUACGCGAAUUUAUCAUUAUAUCACCAGCAUACUUAGUGGAGGUUCUCAGGUCUAUAGUUACUGAGAAGCAGUUCUGGCCCAUAGGGAGUAGAUUUUCAGGAAUUUUGAGAAACCUGCAGGAAUUUGGAAUGAUUGAAAGGAAUGAUAUUUACUUCCUUUGGCAACAAGAGAAUUUCAAACAUAUUCUUCCCUACAAGGAGUAUAUGCUCCAAAUUCUUGUCCAUCUUGAUGUUAUAAUUGCUCCUAUUACCAAGCUCAAAGACGUAAAUAGUCAAAUACAAAACAUUUCUCAAUUUCUGAUUCCCUGUAUGAUAACAGCAGGAAACAACACAUCGUUCCUGAAAAGGUUUUGGAAUUCGGAUCAUUGCAUCAUUCUGGCAUUUACAUUUAUAGAUGAGGUGAUACCGCCAGCAUUGUCAUAUCGCUUUUUAAGUUCAUUUAUUACAUCAUGGGAUAUAAAGAAUUUUAAAGACGGAAACACCGAAACAAGGAUGUUAUUCAGUGAUCUAGCUGUAAUAAAGGUUGACAGUUAUCAUGACGUAGCAGUUCAAGUAAUAAAUAAGAGAUUAAUUGUGUCACUCAUCCAUUCCAAAUCAAAAGAAGAUAUAAUUCCAACUCUGGCAUCUUCUCUCCAGGAGUGUAUGACAGCAGCAAUAGUAAGAAUUUCCGAAUUCUACUCUAUGUUGUCUGAAGAUUCAAACAUAAAGAAUGUAAAUUCUGUCAUACCAUUCAACAUUGAAUUUGGUGUAUUCUGUAAGUCAGAUUUGUGCUUCUUCAAGCACCAGGAAAUGCCAUUAUCAACUGAUGGACUAAUAUGGAUUUUUAGUACAAAGGGACUUGGUCGAUUAGAAAAGGAGCAGUAUCCAUCCGCACAACAUAUAAGACGUUUGGCGGAACAACUCUCGCCCGUUGAGUGUCGUGAAUAUGCAAUUGAACUUGGUCUUCCGGUUCAAAAAUGGAAUGAUUUUGAGCAUCAGUUCCAACACCAACCUUCAAUUGACCUUAAAUUCAUGGCAUUAUGGACGUGUACGGAAAAAAGCAGAAAUGUUACCUUCGAUCAUUUGAAAAAUGUUCUAAUAAACAAAGAAAUUGAUGAGCAUUUACUUUGUCAGGUGUUCAGAGAUGUCAUCAUAGACAUACCUGGUAUAUCAGAAGACACACUGAAAAGGGUUCCAACAGUCAGCGUACUUUACGAUAUAUCCAAUCAUAUAGGAAGCAGUAUUAUGCAGCUUGCUAUUGAGUUAUAUAUAGAUAUUCCGACAAUACAACGCAUUCAACAGGAUCAUAAGAACAAACUUCUAGUACAGACCAGAGAGGUUUUGCGUCAAUGGAGUCAGAUGAAAUAUCCGAGGCCAACCGUUUUAAUAUUGAUUAAAGCACUUGACAGGAUCGGCAAAUUUGGAUCGACGUGUAAUAUUGUACUUCCGUACGACUUAAGUUUAAUAUAACCUUGACAGAAUAGUGUUAAUACUCUGGAGUGAAAUGAUAAGAGCCUCUCUUUCGUUCUCUGA